GUCGGAGGUAGGGGAGUGACUUACAGGGACGAGCCAGCAGGCUAUAUAAGCUCCAGAGGGCCAGGCUCCACGCAGAGCUCUUGCCUCGCUGCUGUCUGCCAGAGGCACCUUCAGGGAGCCAUCUCUUGCCCAGCACCCACCAUGUCCCAGGCUGGCGCUCCAGAAGCCCCCAUCAAGAAGAAGCGUCCCCCUGUGAAGGAGGAAGAUCUGAAGGGGGCCCGAGGGAACCUGGCCAAGAACCAGGCAAUCAAGUCCAAGACCUACCAGGUCAUGCGGGAGUGUGAGCAAGCUGGCUCAGUCGCCCCAUCUGUGUUCAGCCGUGACCGCACAGGCACUGAGACUGUCUUUGAGAAGCCCAAAGCUGGACCUGCCAAGAGUGUCUUUGGCUGAGAAGUGCUCAUCGCGCCCCCUCCACCCGGAGCACCUGGACACAGGAGCCUUUCCCACGAACUUUUUUUAUGCCAGAAUAUGUCUUUCUUCCCAGCUGUCUUUGGGACCGCCGCCCUUGCCCCACAGCCCUGACCCUUUGCACCAGAACCUUGGAAACACCAAUAAAGAGUAUGCCCAAGUGGCCUCAGCAUUA